GAUUUAAUUUGUCGCAUGAGGUAGCAAUAUAAGAGGUCCUAAAUGAAUGAGUUGUGCAGGUUUUCCUCGACGGAGAUCAAAAAGCAUCAGAGAAACCGCACGCUCUGACGAACAGAAUCCUCUGAUCGAGUUUACUCCACCUAAGGCGAUAAUUGCCAAGGAUGUGCCCUGGGAUAAAACACCAUCCACGUGUCGAAGCAGGGGUAUACAACGUUUUCUGUUCGUUGAAUUGUCCAUUCCCGGUCUGAAAGCUCAAUCGUCCGCCAAGGGUAGUAUAAACGGAGGCAGGACAAAAAGAUGGUCACUACGGCUAUUUUUAUGCAAAGGUAUCACUACUUUUGACGAUGGCGGUUGUUUGGGAUUUCCUCAGAUACGACGUACAGAAAGCAGCUGGAAUAAAACCCAGACCGAAUCGUUUGAAGUGGACAAGUGGUGCCGGGGUGGGCGACCUCAGCAACCAAGAAACGGGGAAUUAUGGUAUCGCGUCUCAAAUACUAGGGUACAAGUUUCGAUUUUGACUGAAGUCAGUCGUCCAAAUGACUCAGUAAAUGGACCAGUGGGUUCUGUGGACUCGCUGUAUUCCACAACUGAUAUCUCAACAAACUCUCUGUCAAGCCUGACUUAUUGUCCCCAUUAUUUUUACUGGGAUUCUGGCAAACUUGCUCACCCCAUUGUGGCCGCAACCAGCAGUUUGCUUACAGAUGAGGAAAAGGUAAUGUUCUACUUAGCAAUUCCGGGCGCUAAGAAGAAACGACAGGUGUGGUCAGACGAAGAACUCCAGCAGUUAUCAACAAGGAGCGCUUCCGUUUGCCCCGCAGAUUCCCAACUACAUUCUAUGAUUGUCAGGCGUUCGGCCACAUUCAGUCACAAAACUCUCACCUAUUUACCAAGUGCGACAGAGUCGUUAAGACCCAGUGAAGUUAAAAUAUGUGGUGACGUCAACGAUUCACCGUAUUAUCAAGUCACACUUGAACGAAAUCCUGGUCAAUCCCUUGGCCUCACUUUGGUUGAAAGGCCUGUGCCAAUGUCUUGCCUAUCGGUAGGCUCUGUGAUUCAGCCUACCACCGGACUGUUCAUCAAGCAAAUCGCUUCGGGGAGCUUAGCAGACCAAUCUAAAAAGAUCCGAGUCGGUGAUCAGUUGCUGGCCAUUAAUUCUGUGAGCGUAAUUCUGUCUCCGCCGUCGUCAGCCCCACGCAAAGCAGCAGGCCUCAUGUCAAAUGGGCACAUUCGACUUCCUGAAACAUGUUCAUCGCUUGACACCAACAUUUCCGUCCCGGCAGUCAAGAGUGAGGAGAGUUGCGCAGAGUUUUCCUGCAAGUCCGGUCUGAUCGGUUUUACCGCCUAUCCAUUCGCCAUUCGUCUCUUACGCCAGGCCAUCGGACCUGUGCAUCUGAGCAUGAGACGUAUGGAGCCGCUCCGAAGUUACGUAUACCCAUGUGAGACAAAUCAGCUUCCCCAGGAAUCACAACAAGCUGAACAAAUUCGAUCAGAAGGCUCGCACAGUAUGCUCCAAGCUGAGGAAGAAAGCGAGCAAACAAUUACUACGCACCGCUACCCGAAAGCUUCAAUCCCCACAGAUCAGUUUACCUUGAGAAUACAAGAGGAAGUGCUCCAGGAGAGUGAUUCACUACAUGAGACAGUCUCACGAAAUUUGUGCACACCUGAAGUUGUGAAGCUUGAUAAUUUCGGAACAGAUGUAGUUGCUACUUUGGAAGGUUCACACCCCGAGGUGGUCUCCGCCCAUUCAGAAAACUCGGCUAGAAAUUAUUCGCCCCGUGAGGGAAACACGGUUGAGCAACAGCGUGAGGAAGAAGAUACAGGUUUAAAAGGUAUGAAUGAUUAUUCUAAAAGAAUAUUGCAUCCACGUAGAGAUAAUGGAAUCCAACAAGCCUACUAUACAGAACUCACCAGAAAAUGGUGAGGUCUCACAUAACGACGCUGCUAUUGCCAACUAUCUCCAAUGGACUGAAAGUAACCAUGACUUGGACAACUUCACAGAAAAUACUGGACCUAAAUGUGAAAAACCGAGGCGGAGUCACCACACUUACAAAUGCAGAACAUCAACUUUCCGAAAAAGUCAAGCUAGCGGUCAUGCAGAAAAUAGAAGUGAACAAAUAGACAUACAGUCUAUAUUGGAAGUAAAACAUGAGGGUCCUAAGGCUAAAAUCCAUUCCUGUGUCCGAAGGAAUUCAGACAAACCGAUUCAAAAGGUCAAUUCCGGUGGACCACAUCUUAACAGAUCGCAUGAUACGAAUUCACUAGUAGGUGCAGGCUUUAGUAAGAAAACCUCAGGACGUUCUCUGGCGCAUGUAUAUGGAAAUUCUACAGAAAAGUGUAACGCCCACGGCGAGACGUUGAAAAAUAUUGCAUCGAAGCCAGAUGAUCAAACUCCACAGAGAGGUAACCCGAAACCCCAUACAAAAUUACAAGAAAGGCUGGAGAUCUUGGAGGAAUACUUUCGUAAACAUGUGUCCACUAUCAAUGUGCAACCUGAUUCUCCAACCGAUCAAAAUGAAGUGAGCGCUUUUCAUGACAUUCUGGAGAGUUUGACUGAUGAGGAGUGGCAGAUUUUGCUCCGCGUAGUCAUGCAACCGGACGGGGGUCUGUUUGAUGGAACGAAUACUAAUCAGAACAAGAUAAAAAGCGAUUCUUGUGCAAAGCGCGAGAGAAAUAGAGCAGCCUUUAAUGGCCCAGCACAGACAAUGACCAAAACGCAUUUAAAGCAGACCAAAGCUCCGAGAAAUUUACCAAACAAGUCGUCCAGAAUUCCAACGCGCAUUUCGACAGAUGGGAAAUAGUGAUGCGCUCAGAGUAAAUGGUGGGCUGGAGGGUAAACGCAAUGGAUUUCGAUGUGCGUGACACGAAUGAUGAUGUACCUGGACACAGCAAUGUGGGUUAUUCUUUCCAAUUCGUUUCACAUACACGUCUUCCAGUUGUAUUG